AUGAAGAUUUUCCAACUUUCAGUUCUGCAAGUCACCGAUGGGAAUGCAACCAAACUCUCAUCCGCAGAUGAUUUGAGUUCCUUUUCGUUUUACCAGCGUGGCUCGGUCGGCGAGUUCAUGACCUUUAUGGCAAAGACGGUGGCCGAGCGCACCGCGGCAGGGCAGCGACAGAGCGUCCAAGAGAAUUCUUAUACCGCUCAUGUAUACAACUCUGGACAAGAUAACAUCACAGCUGUGGUUAUUACGGAUCAGGAGUAUCCCGUCCGACCCGCCUUCUCUCUCCUUCAGAAGCUGAUUGACGACUUUGUGACGUCUGUGCCGAAGGCGUCGUGGUCCACCCCGUCCUCGAUUGAUUUCCCUGCGGCAAAAACAUACCUUGCCAAAUACCAGGAUCCCAAGAAUGCAGAUCAAAUUAUGCGAGUGCAGGCUGAGUUGGACGAAACCAAGGUCAUCCUGCACAAGACUAUCGAAGGUGUUCUUCAAAGAGGAGAAAACCUCGACAACCUCGUCGAGCGCUCGAACGCGCUGAGCUCCCAAAGCAAGAUGUUCUACAAGACUGCCAAGAGUCAAAACUCUUGCUGCACCGUCUUGUAG